ACUCCCUUCCUUCUUGAACCCCCUUUUCCUGGAGCAGACGAGUUGGGGGAGCCCACCAUACAUUACCCACUGGGCCGCAUACACUCUUCUUUAGCCCUCUGUCCUGAUGGAAUCCCUCCCCUUGCUUAUAUCUGAAACCAGUGCUCGGUGGCGUAGCCAAAAGAAACUCGCACUUAGACAGAAAACUUAUCAGCAAGGCACCUUUACUUCCGCAGAGGGGUGCUGCUUGCGCGUUACAAUCGCAAGAGCACACCGACCAGAGGAGGGACGAUUCUAAUCCUAACGCACUUCCUGUUCCUGUGUCCUUCCCCUUGGCUGGGGUCGGACCUCACCAUCUAUGCUGAUCCCGAUUAACUCUGCCAAACAGGGUACACGCGCGAUUUGCGAGAAACAGAAGUAGGGGGGAGGUAGGAUUGAUUUACAACUUAGGACCGAAAAAGUUGAGUCUUUAAGAGGACUUUAGUUGUCCCAACAAUUUCCCUUCUUCUGUUUUGUGUAUUUCUUCCUCUUCAAAUUUCUUCAACAGGAUUUGGCUUUGUUGUUCUUGUUGAUUAUCUAGGAGCAAGAGCUUACCUAGGUGGGGAGGUGGGGAAGGUUUUUGUGAGAGCUGCUUCUAUCAGCCUUUGGGUUAACCCACGAAUACAAGUUACCUGGUCGCGGUGGAAUUCUUCAAGAUCCUCCCUACUGCCCACGUGGCUGAGAGUCCGGAUUUAUCAUCACUUCGGGCGGGACUCUGUCCUCCCCUCCUGGGGCCACCACAAGGAGGCAGUGGGACACGUCUCCCCAGGACAGAUCAUCGCUAGCCCCUCCCGAGGGAGAAUGGGAUCCCGGACGAACCCCCAGAUGUGUCGGAAACGAGCGCUCGGGGUAACCAAAAGAAACCCGCACUUAGAAAAAUUCUCAGCAAGGUACCGUGACUUGUGCAGAAGGGUGCCGCCGGCCUCCGACAGUCGCAGGCGCACGCGGAACAAAGCGGAGAAGGCGUUUUCGAUCCGCACGCAGUUCCUGUUUCUGUGUCCUUCCCCUAUUGGCUGCGGUUGGACCACACAAUCUAAGCUGACCCCGAUUGGCUAAGGCCUAGACUUUUCCAAACGGGGUAAACCCGCGAUUUGCGAAAAACAGACGAGGCGGGGGUAGGAUUCAUUUACAACUUAGGACCAGAAAGUUGAGUCUUUAAGAGGAAUUUAGUUGUCCCAACAGAAGGGACCCUGUUGUGGAACGGGACGGCGAAGAUACCUUGCCCCUUUAAGUUCCGGGCGCCCCGGGUACUUCCCCUACUUCGUCUUCUGGGAAAAGCCCCGCCCAUCUGCCCGAAGCCGGAGCCCCUCGGCUCCCUCUGAAAAAAUUUGUGGGCGGGGUGAAGGCGAGCUGGCACCAGCGCAGUGAAAUUCCCAGAGCCCUUUAGUCCCCGCCCAUUCCCUCCGUGGGGGUGGAGAGAACACGCAGGCGCAAAUACCCUCCCAGGGCCCCAGCGGAAGCCACUCCCUCCCCUAAGUCUUAAAGGGCCAGAGGCAGCAUUUUACUGCUCGGGCCGUUCCUCACUUUUGGGGGGCGGGGGUGCGCACGCGCAGUGAGGGAGUUCUGGGGUGGGGGUAGCGGUCGAGUAUCAAGUUGCUUUCUGUCCCGGUCCAGGAAACCCGAGUGCUGAGGGUCCAGUCUCCAGCCUGCCUCCCACUAUAUCCAUAAGAAGAGAAAAGUUUGUGACUUGGGUCCCCAAGUUUUGAGAGAACUGGGCUUUCGGCGCGGGGGGACACAAGAGGCUCGUGGGGAGCUUUCCCCAUGGAGCCCACCCAGCCUGCGGAGGACCUCAUCCUGACCCAGCAGCCCCCUGCCUCGGAACUUGGGGACCCUGAAGACCCCGGAGAGGAGGCCGCAGAUGGCUCAGACACUGUGGUGCUCAGUCUCUUCCCCUGCACCCCCGAGCCUGUGAAUCCUGAACCAGAUGCCAGCGUUUCUUCUCCGCAGGCAGGCGGCUCCCUGAAGCACUCCACCACUCUCACGAACCGGCAGCGGGGGAACGAAGUGUCAGCUCUGCCGGCCACCCUAGACUCCCUGUCCAUCCACCAGCUCGCAGCGCAGGGGGAGCUGGACCAGCUGAAGGAGCAUCUGCGGAAAGGUGACAACCUCGUCAACAAGCCGGACGAGCGCGGCUUCACCCCUCUCAUCUGGGCCUCGGCCUUUGGAGAGAUCGAGACCGUUCGUUUCCUGCUGGAGUGGGGUGCUGACCCCCACAUUUUGGCCAAAGAGCGAGAGAGCGCCCUGUCGCUGGCCAGCACGGGCGGUUACACAGACAUCGUGGGACUGCUGCUGGAGCGGGACGUGGACAUCAACAUCUACGAUUGGAAUGGAGGGACGCCACUGCUGUACGCCGUGCGUGGGAACCACGUGAAAUGUGUUGAGGCCUUGCUGGCCCGAGGUGCUGACCUCACCACUGAAGCCGACUCUGGCUACACCCCGAUGGACCUUGCUGUGGCCCUGGGAUACCGGAAAGUGCAACAGGUGAUCGAGAACCACAUCCUCAAGCUCUUCCAGAGCAACCUGGUGCCCGCUGACCCUGAGUGAAGGCCGCCCGCGGGGGACUCAGACACUCAGGGAACGAAACGGUUGGCCAGAGCUGGGAAAACUCAGAACUGGCUUCAAUGGCAGCUCCUGGACAGGCGGUGGGAGGGGACCCUUCCUAAGAGGAACCAAUAAACCUUCUGUGCAAAA